CAUACUAUUCCCUCAGAAAUUAAUGACUAACACGAGUAGUGGCAGCGACAGCAACAGCGCCGACACCUCCACAACCGGCCCACCCAUUCAGUCCAUACAUCGGGUGCACUCAUACUCUUCCAUCGACUCGCAGACACCCAUCGACUCGUCGUCCGACGGCGACGACUACUCCCUGUCCUCAGCCAACCGCCAGUCCCCGGAGUACCAGCGCCGUCGACAGCAGCAGAAGCUGUACUACAUAGCGAGGGAACUGUACUCUAGUGAGGAGGUGUUCAUCGAUGUCCUGCACCUACUCAACGACGACUUCCGAUCGGUGGCCGAACCCCACCUCCCGGAUGAUGUGUUGCAGCCUAUACUCAAACUAUUGCCACAAUUACUACAGAUUAACGAACAACUGGUCACUGAUUUGAAGGACAGGAUAGACGACUGGCCCAACCAUCAGAGGAUUUCCGACGUUUUGGUGAAAAUCUGUCCGUUUCUGAAGCAGUACUCGCUAUACAUCCGGGACUUCGAACACAUAACAACCGCCUAUGACGAGGCCCUCCGGCGGUACCCGUCGUUCGCGGCGGCCGUCCGUGAGUUCGAGUGCAGCCCUCGCUGUCAGAAGCUAUCCGUCCGACACUUUAUGCUAAAACCGGUGCAACGACUGCCCCAAUACCGGCUCCUAUUGCACGACUACUUAGAGCACCUGCCGGUCGAGUCGGACGACUACGUGGACACACAGUCGGCCCUCAAGAUUGUGUCCCAAGUGGCCGAACACGCGAACAAUAGUAUGAAGUCCAACGAGAAUAUCAGCAAAUUAUUGAGUAUUCAGAACAGUAUUAUCGGCGGAACGGAAGUCAUAAAACCCGGCCGAGUGUUCAUCAAAGAGGGUGAGCUCAUGAAGUUAUCAAGGAAGAUCAUGCAGGACAGGUGGUUCAUACUGUUCAACGACUGUCUCAUGUAUUUAACUGCAGUACAAAACGGUGUGUUUCGGGUGAACCACGAGCUCAGCCUAACGGGAAUGAGGGUCUCAUUACCCAAACAACAGGACUUCCAAAACGAGUUCGCAGUCAUAUCGCACACCCGAUCCUUCUCACUGGCGGCCCGGUCUCCUAAGGAACGGGAGGAAUGGGUGUCUGAACUGAAUAAAGCCAUCAAAGAGAAUACGACUAAAAGGAUAUCAUUCGCCAAAUCAGGGAGUCUAUGUUCAGAUGAGACCCUAUUGCCUACCAGUGCCCUAUCGACCAUGGAGUUGGGCACCUGUGCCCCGGUAUGGAUACCCGACGCCCGGGUCACUAUGUGUCAGCUCUGCACCGAAGAGUUCUCAGUGACAUACCGGCGCCACCACUGCCGGUGCUGCGGGAAAGUCGUGUGCAGCGCCUGUAGUCAAAACAAGGCACCCCUUCCGUACCUCAAGAACCAAACGGCG